AAAUCCCCUGUCAGUCAAACACAACACGAACCAAGACAUGGUUCCCGGCUGCAGGAGAAAACAAGGGCACUGGGUUGAAUAAUUACCCCGCUGUGAGGAUGCUGAGAGGCGCAGCCCUCUUCUGUCUCUCUCCGCAGCUCAACUCUGGAUGCCAUCGGAUCGCUUUUAUUAAGAUGCAUCAUUUGAUCUCUGUGCACCUGCAUGCGUUUGCUUUAAUUUGAUUUCAAAUGGCGUAAAUCUAGAUUAGAAUGAGGAUGCCAAACAUAUCUCGUCUGCUCUGCAGAAUCCGUUUAAAUACCAUCAACGGGCUGAAUUGACAGAUUAGAGGCAUUAUAAUUGCUUUUAUUGUUUUUAAGAUCAUAAAUCCUCUAUCAAAUAUUUGUGCAUCAUUUACUGAGCUUGCAAAUCCGAUUCGUCUUACAAGCAUCGAUCCAGGUAAAGCACCACCAUGCUGACCAGCAUCACCGAGAGCAUCUUCUGCUGUCUGAUGGGAAAGACCACCAGUGUUGUGCUGCCGGUCAAAUCAUCCGACGGCAAGCCGGCUGACGGAUUCGAGUUUGUGGAGGUGAAGCCGGGUCGGGUGCUGCGCGUUCGCCACAUCCUCCCUGAACGGCCCGCUACGACGGAAGCUCAACCAGAAGCGGGCAGCAGCGUCCACUGCAAGCGCAAGAUCACGGUGUACCGCAACGGCCAGCUGGUGAUCGAGAACCUGGGCGACGUCCUCCACUCCGAGAUCCUGCAGUGCCAGAACGGAGACGUGGAGCAGUGCAGCACAGUCGAGGUGGAGCUGUCCGAUUACACCACGGCGCCCUCAUCCCCCGAUUCCAAACCCGCUCCGCCUCUUCCCACCUCAGACCAGCAAAAGCCGGCCCCCCCGCCCAGACGCCGGCGGCGGAGACCCAAGCGCACCGUGCUGAUCGACACCGAGCGCUGCAUCAGCAGCUGUAAGGGGACGCAUUCGGACGUGGCGCUCUUCUUCAUCCACGGCGUGGGCGGCUCGCUGCACAUCUGGGGGAGUCAGCUGGAUUUCUUUUCGCGGCUGGGUUAUGAGGUCAUCGCCCCGGAUUUGGCGGGACACGGCGCCAGCACUGCCCCUCAGAUAGCGGCGGCGUACACCUUCUACGCCCUCGCCGAGGACCUGCGCGCCAUAUUUAAGAGAUACUCGAGAAAACGGAACAUCCUCAUCGGUCACUCCUACGGGGUGUCGUUCUGUACGUUCCUGGCACACGAGUAUCCAGAGCAGGUGCAUAAGGUGGUGAUGAUCAAUGGAGGCGGCCCCACGGCGCUGGAGCCCAGCCUGUGCUCCAUCUUCCAGCUGCCCUCCUGCGUCCUGCACUGUCUGUCUCCCUGCUUGGCCUGGAGCUUCCUCAAAGCUGGUUUCGCCAGGCAGGGCGCUAAAGAGAAGCAGCUUCUGAAAGAGGGAAACGCAUUUAACGUGUCUCCGUUUGUUCUGCGAGCGAUGAUGAGCGGUCAGUACUGGCCCGAGGGGGAUGAGGUUUACCACGCCGAGCUGACCGUCCCCAUACUGCUGGUGCACGGCAUGCACGACAAGUUUGUGCCGAUUGAUGAGGACCAGCGGAUGGCAGAGAUCCUCUUGUUUGCGUUCCUGAAAGUGAUUGAGGAAGGCAGUCACAUGGUGAUGAUGGAGUGUCCCGAGACGGUCAACACACUCCUGCAUGAGUUCUUCCUCUGGGAACCUGACAAUUCCAAAAAGGAUGCGGUUACCAUGGUAACAGCUAGCCAGACCACAGCCGAUGAUGCCACUCCCGUCCAGACGCUCGCCGUUGCCAACAGCAACAGCAGCACAGGGACUCUCAAGGUCAACAAGCCCCUUAACAAGUAACCUGAUGAUUGAGGUGUUUGGGGUAAACCAAUCAGAAGGCUGUUGAUGGCAGGCUGUUAAACCGUCACCUUGGCUGAGAGCUGGUUUUUGGUCAGAAGGCCCAAGCGGGUGUCCAGACGGGGGUAAGAAAGAUUCACAGGUUUGCAGAGACUCUCUAGCGAUGAGGGAAAAGCAGCAGCUGGUUUUAAACCAACAAUGGUGGUUUAUGACAUCACGACGCCUUUGUUUCUCUAUGCUACCUUUGGACAAUAUCUUUCCUUCUUGUGCUGUCUAAAGAAAAGGACUGGAUGUGCGUCCAGAUGAUGGAAAUCAAGUGUGACUAGAUUCCAGACAGGACUGAAGUUCGAGAAAGAGAAGAAAUUGCUGAGGUUAAUUAUAAAAAAAAACAGUGCGAUCAAACCCAAGAGAGAGUUUAAAGUCAACACAAAACCUAUUUUACUUCCAUAAUAUGACAUAUUGGGCAUUACAAGUAAAAGUACAAUUACGAAAAACAGCUGUUACUUUAAAAUAAUGAGCAUUAAUAAAUCGUGCACAAUGUGAUUGGACAAUAACAGGGUUGUUUUCAUGUUGGCUUUAAAGGACGUCUGUACAAAAUCUGUGUUCACGUCAUACUCGUACUAACACAUUUUAACGUCUUCCCUCAUAAAUCAGAUCCACUGCUUGGAGUGCAAGAGCGACUGAAAACAGAUUUAUGAGAUACUCAAUCCUGUUAAAACAUCUUAAAAAGAUAACGUACUGUAAACGAACACACGCAUUUUACUUGAAACAAUGAGUAUGAGUUUAAAAACAAAACCACAGAUGUCGGUUCACAGGAAGGAUAAAAACAGGACAAGGGAAACAAUGACCGUCACAAUGGGAAAUUUCAUGCACUUGUCUCCUAGCAACUAGAAAGUCGGGCAUUAGAGCAAAUGAGAGAGAGACAGAGAGAGAGAGAAAGAGAGAGAGAAAGAGAGAGAGAGAGAGAGAGAGAACAUGACACGGUGCUGAGGAAAAACAGGAUAUAAGCUAUAAUAUCACGGUGCAUUCAUACAGAGCGGAUUGCUUAAAAAUCGUAGUUUAAUAUUGAAAUGUUAUUGUGAAUAUCUAGUCAGCAAUUAUUUUU